AUGGCACACUCUCACCACUCUCACUUGACGGAAGUCAACCGGCAACACUUCGACAAAACUGCCCACAACUAUGACACUGGCUUUGAGAAAGGCAUUAGUAUGCUGAAAGAAGAGACCAUCGGUCAUCGUCUGUGGAUUAGCUCCACGUGGACGGACACUGCAGAAGGCAAAGGGAAGGAUAUCAGGCUUCUAGAGUAUGCGUGUGGACCGGGUCAUAUUUCUCGAACAUUGGAGCCCUUUGUGACCAAAUGCCAUGGUCUCGACGUCUCAGAAAACAUGGUGGCGGUGUACAACCAACGAGUCCAAGAAGCCGGCAUCUCCUCUGAAAAAAUGUCUGCGAAGGUUGGUGAUUUGCUGGCAGAGAACAUGGCUCAAGACCUGCAAGGGCCUGAGUAUCAUGAUCUCGAUGUCAUUGUCGUCAGUAUGGCUUUGCACCACUUUCCCAACCCUCAGUUAGCGAUGAAACGUCUAGCGGAUAGGUUAAAAAGAGGCGGUGUUCUUUGGAUUGUUGAAAUGUUGGAAGAGUCUCAUUCAGCAGACGAGCACAAGCGUAUCAGUCCUGAGAGUGAGGAGACCAUCCAUAAACACGGAUUUGGUGUUGAUGAGAUGAAGGGAUUGUUCCUGGGAGCUGGAUUCGGGGAGACAGAAGUCAAAGUAUUGGAUAGACCUCUCGAGAUGACGAUUCAUGGUCAUGAUCUAAAAAAGACCAUCAUUUUCGCUAGAGGAUCUAAGCUUUGA